AGAUGGUGACAUUUAAGAAUGUGGCUGUGGACUUCACUCAGGAGGAGUGGGACCUCUUGGACCAUCCUCAGAAGGAGUUGCACAAGGAAGUGAUGGUGGAGAAUGCCCAGAAUCUGCUCUCCCUGGGGCUUCCAGUUCCCAGAGAAAAUGUGAUCUCCUAUUUUGAGCAAAGGGAAGCACCAUGGAUGCUGGAGCAAGAAGGCCUGAGGAGCCUCUGUCCAGAAGGAGAAAUCAGACUUGAAGUGAAGAAGAUUCCUGCAGUCCUAAACCUUUCUGCAGAAGUAACUCAGGAGCAAAGAUUCAUGGGUGAUGGUCCCUGUGACUUCACUUGGAGAGAAAUCUCUGCUCUUCAUUGGAGAAUCCACACUGGAGAGAAAUCUUAUGAAUGCAAUCAAUGUGGAAAGGCUUUCACAGUCAGCUCCAGUCUUAGAGUACAUGAGAACAUCCACAUGGGAGAGAAACCUUACGAAUGUAAUCAGUGUGGAGAGGCUUUUACACAGAGGACUCAUCUUAAUAAACAUCUGAAACACCACACUGGAGAAAAACCUUAUGAAUGUAAUCAGUGUGGAAAAACUUGUACAGGUGGGGCCAAUCUUACCAUACAUCAGAGAAUCCACACUGGAGGGAAAUCUUAUGAAUGUAAUCAACGUGGAAAGACUUUUGCACAGAAGGACUAUCUUACCAUACAUCAGAGAGUCCACACUGGAGAAAAAACUUUUGAGUGCAAUCAAUGUGGAAAGGCUUUUACAAAGAGGGCCAAUCUUACUGUACAUCAGAGGAUCCACACUGGGACACUGGCCUCCUGGCUGACUCUUGACCAAGAACCUCCUUGAUCUGUGCCUUUCCAACAGCUGUCUCUCAUGCUUGGAAUGGCCUCUCUCUUCACCUGGGCCUCCUGGCUUCCUUCACAUCUCAGCUAAAAUCUCACCUUCUGAAAACAAGCUUUUCCAGGUUAUUAAAGCCAGCAUGCCAGCUCUUCCUGCACACAUCCUUCCAUCACUUGUCGCCAGGCCUUUGCAGGGGUGGCUCCUUCAGAGGGCCAUGCACACCCUCCCCACCUUCACUGGGCAGAAUCUCCAACUUCCUUUGAAGCCCAGAUCAGGCUCCACCCCACUGGUGAGGCUUCUGCCACUCCUCUCAUAUGAAUCUUAUUCCUCUUGAAAUUAUGCUGUAGACACCAGUUGCCUUCUCUCCAACUGAAUGUUAAAUUCCUACAAGGGGAGGAACUAUUCAGCUAUGAUCUUUGAAUUCACAGCUUUUUUCACAUAGUAGUUGAUUAAAGUUUCUGUGCAAAGAUUCAUGAGUCCCUGUGACUUCACUUGGAGAGAAAUAUGUACUGUGCAUCAGAGAAUCCACACUGGGCAGAAACCUUAUGAAUUUAAUCAAUGCAGAAAGACAUCCACAAAAAGUUCCCAUCUUGUUCGACAUCGGAGAUUCCACACUAGAAAGAAACCUUAUGAAUGUAAUCAAUGUGGGAAAACUUUCCUAAAGAAAAGUAAACUUGCUAAACAUCAAAGAAUCCACACUGGAGAGAACUCCCAUAAAUGUAAUCAAUGUGGAAAAGCUUUCAGAUAUAGCUACAAUUGUCCUGUACAUCAAAGAAUCCACACUGGAGAGAAACCUUAUCAAUGCAACCAAUGUGGAAAGACUUUCCAGUACAGCUCCAAUCUUGCUCAACAUUGGAGAAUUCAUACUAGGGAGAAACCUCAUGUGUAUAAUCAGUGUAGAAAAGCUUUCAUACAGAGGGCCAGUCUUGAUCAUCAUCAGAGAAUCCACACUGGAGAGAAGCCUUAUGAAUGUAAUCAAUGUGGAAAAAUCGUCGGAUGUAGAAAGAGUAUAAUUGAACAUGGGAGAAUCCACACUGGAGAGAAACCUCAUGAAUGCAAUCAUUAUGGCAAAGCCUUCAGGCAAAAGUCAGCCCUUAUUUCCCAUCAGAGAAUUUAUACUAGAUAGAAAUCUUACACUGACAUGAAUGAAGAAAGGCAUUCGAAUGGAGUGCAGAGCUUCUUAGCAGAAAAUUCACUCUGGUUGUAAGCCACCUACGGACUCAGAGUGGGAAAGCCUUCAACCAGAGAUCAUCUCUUACUUUACAUCACAGGAUUCAUACCAGAAAGAAGCUUUAUGAAAGUGCUUAAUGGAGACAUGUCUUUCUCUGGAAGAUGGAGGUCACUGGUGAAGGGCUAAAUUUUGUGUCUGACUAUAACAUAAUGACGAAGUAAGGGAAAAUAAUUCAUGCCAACCCAUCAGGUUGCGAAACAGAUGAAGGAAACAAUAGAGUUCCUCAUAAACUGCAGGAUUGUGUGAAAAGAGACAUUUGGAUGUUCUCGAAAAUAGAAUGACUUGUGUCAAUAUUGUGUCAACUGGGGGACAAUGUUUGGUGAAGGGAAGAAAUCCAAGUCAUUUGAUGAGCAGCACCUAGAUGGUUUCUCCUGACUCAGCACAUAC